AAAGUCGUCGGAAGUUACCGUUUACUGAUUCAUAAACCUAAAGUACAGUUUAAGAUACCAAUUUAUUUACCGAGAAUGAGUUUAAGAUAAAACCAAUGGCCAGGAGGUCAAUAUUUUUCAUUACGUUAACGUUAUUUACUUCGAUUUAUACAGAAGACAAGCAGGGUACGAAUGAUUUGGUUUUGAUAGAAUCUGGACCACAGGAAAAUGAGGAACACGAUAAAACUACAAAACAUGACGAUUACGAAGUAUUUCACGCCACGAACAAAUGGCAGACGGUAAAAGACGGCCAGGCGAUACCACGUGGUUUGCACGUGCAAAUCGACUUGCAAACUGGCGAAAAAAGGGCGAAGUUAAUGGAUGACACUCCAAAUGUUGAGAGCAAUGGAAAUAACGUUCUGACAUCAAAAAAAAGGUUCAUCAAGAUUGAUCGAAAUUUGAUUUCUAAGCAAAAGCUAAAGGAUGCCUUAAAAGAUUUCAAAGAUAAAUUUCACCAUGAGAAUGAAAUGGAAGAUGACGUCAUUGUCGAGCAUGGGAAGAAAAAGUACAGAAGUAUGGACGAGAUCAAGCAAGAAUUUCAAGGGACAAAUAUUUGGAUGAAGAAAGACAUCGAGAUCAUGAAAGAUCAAGUUUACGUGUUGAACAACAGCGCAAGCAGUAAGAUGGACAUCCUGCAAGCUUUAGAGGAACUGGAGUAUUUGGUUCAUCAGAUAGACAACGCUAGAGAUUUGGAUAAAAUUGGAGGCUUAACGAUAGUUGUCAAUUUGUUAAAUGCAACCGAUAAUGAUGAUGACGUUCGUAGUGAAGCCAUAAGUGUCGUGGGCUCAGCUGCUCAAAGUAAUUUGCCAGUGCAGAUAAGCUUGUUGCAGUCUGGUGCGCUCCAUUUAUUGACAAGGUUACUCGUCGAUUCGCGGAGUUCGCCGACGUUAAAAAAGAAAGCCGUUUACGCUCUCUCGGCCAUGUUGAGACUUUUUCCCAAAGGUGCCCGGCUAUUCCUGAAACUCGGUGGAUUAUCUCAUCUCAGCUCGUUGUUCGAGAGCAACUCGAAUGAAAAGUUGCAAAUGAAAGCAUUGACGUUGGCGAUUGACUUACUUCGCGAGCAAAUGGAUGGCAUCCGCGAAAAAGCAAAGGAAAUGGGAAUUAAAGAAUACGAGAAGGCGGUGAUUAAAGCACCACUGCUGAAAGCGUUGUACGAUGACGGUUGGUGUGAGCUGUCUUCCAUGUUAAUUACGUCUAUCGAUGAUACGGAAGGGAAGGAGAAACUCCUUCAAGCAUUUCAUGUUCUUUUACCUGCAUGCCGGGAGGAGUAUAAACGGUUGUCACGAUUUAAAGAAGCCCUCGAGCUUUGGCGACAGGAAUGGCGACGCGAAAUGACAAUGGACGAAGAAGACGACACGGGUUAUCUGGAGAGCUUAGUGAGACUUGUGAAUAGGAUUUUUGAAGAGUGCGGAUGGACGUAGGCGAUUUACUUCAGUCUCAGACGAAAUCGUAAGAGAUCCUGUUUCUCUUCCAUUUUACCACAAACAAAUCCAAUUUCUUCUAUAUUCAAGCAAAUAAGAUUAGUACUGCACUUAAAACAAACUGUACUUAAAACGAGCAUAGAACAAUUGUUCGAUUCUCCCUUCUUCGUUGAACGAAAAGUUUUAGUGUGUCGUGAACAAAACGCAUCGAGCUUUGGUAGUACUCGAUGCGUUUAUGUUAGUAACACAGCAUUUCUAAAAUGAAGUGUGAUAAUCAUGUUUCAUAACACAAAAACUAUUUCAUUUCACUAUUUCACAUCUAGCGAAUCAACUUCUCCCAGCAUAAAUUUUCGCGAUAAUUUCCGGAAGACACUCGAAUUUAUUCAGUAUCCGGUGCGAUUGCCUACGUUUCUUGCAAUGCUUGAUAGAAAAAUGAAGUUGUAUUCGUAAUAAAAUCGUAGCUUUCAAGGGAGAAAUCAACACUCUCCUUAAAUAGUUAUAAAAUUGAUCAUAAAUAAUUGUAAUGUAAGUCCUACACGUCACUAAGCCAACACAUACAACGUUGAUAUGAUAGUAUAUAUACAUUUUAAAACAAGCAAGAUCCUUACAACAAACCAUGUUCGUACGUGAAGACCUAGUAGACGCAUCUUUAAACAAUCAUGUUUGGUCAACAUCGAGAGUAAGUUCGACCAAAGAGAUUGUCGUUUUAGUUGUCUUACAGCCACGGAGACCGGCAAUGUAACGAGAUGGUUUAGGCACACUUGUCGAUUCUUCUCGCUUGGUUUGAGUCCCUCCGUCUCUGUAAGUAAACAGAAAAUUUUCUUGAGAAAUAUUAUCGCUUGAGGAGGAGGAGGAAUGGGUACAGAUUAUGUAUUUAGUCAUGAAAAGAUUACAUAUAUAGUGGAACAUUUGCAAGAAAUCAAAUUUAGAAGGAACAAGAACUGUUCUCUUGAAUUCUCGGUUCCGACAGAAAAUAAACAGGUCGCCCCGUUCAUUUUGUUUUGACAUUAAAUUUCUAAAACAGUUCUUUUUAGAACUCUUGAUUUUCUCUGUUUUCUCCGCUUAGUUUUUUUUUUCUUCUCGGUUCAAACUUGGGUUUCGUGGUUUUUAUUCGGUUUCAGUCCAUUCACCAUGGCAAUCGCUCUUUUUUAAGGCGGUAUUCAAAUUUGUCACCACGACAAAAUCUCUGUUUUACCAUUUUAUUUUGCAUGUCUGAACACGAAUCUUAACUGACUUCGAAACGAGUGGAUGAAAAUAAAACAUUCAUGAGAAUUUGGUUCCCGUACUACACAUAAAAUAUUACGAGCAAAAAUUUACCAACUUUGCCUACAUUGGUUGGCCGUUGGCAACGUGACGUCACAAUCGUAAUUGAUGACGUUGGGUCAUCGUACCAAUGACAUGAUACUUGUGACGUCAUAGUGUUCAAAAUUAUUAUAUUUGGUACAUGGUUCAUCUGACGACCAGCAUGAAGGGUGGUGAAAACACUCAAAAUAAAUCAAGACUAACUUUGGAAGAUAAACUUGAGUCGUGUUGUCUCUCUUGUAGUUACUUAAAUUCGUCUGCAUCGAUUGCGUCACUUUCGUUCGUAAAUUUGCCUGAAAUAAAUCGAACAUACGUCAUCAUUACAUACACCAAAGCUUUGCGUAUGAUGGGGCUUCUGUUUGGAAUUCAAUUCCAGCAGAAAUCAGAAAUAGCAAAAGCGUGUCACUUUUUCAAAAGAUUGCAUUUUAUGAUUAAGUUCAACAUGUAACUAAUUGAAUAAACUAAACUCUGGGAAUAUUUAAACUUAUCUUUCUCUUCUAUAGUUAAUUUUAAUUCUUAGUAAAUUUUGUAAUCGCUUUUGAACAAAAGCACGCCCCAGUUGAUGAGGCCAGCGUGUCAAAAUAAAGAUUUUCAUUCAUUCA